UGCUUUUCGGUACAUACCUACUAUACUUACCUACGGAUAUUGGGCUCACCAUCAUUCAAGUCAAUAUGAAUAUAGAGUAAGGUCUGUGCACCAGCGACAACUGACCCCCACAUCGAAACUCAACUUUACAACUACAAAUCCUCAGACUCGAAGGCCAAGAGCGUCACUGACUCAAUGCCUUCGAACUACACGGCCCUCACAUGAUGGGCGAACCCGAGCAGUCGCCUCGCAGACGCCAUAUACUUUCCUCUAUCAACCCCGACAAGCCGAAAAGCCGAAGGAGGAGUCGAUCUCCCGAAUCGCGAUCACCAGUUGGCGUCAAGAGAGAGCCGUCACCAGAUGCGCCAUCAGCGCACACCGACGCCCAGCGCAACGAUAAAGAUGACGAAGGGGAUACCGCAGCGCCGAGGCGCUCACGCAUCCGGCUGAAGGGUCACCAUAGAUCUCGUAGAAGAUCGCGAGACAGACAUAGGCAUCGAGAUUACGACGAUGACGACGACAGGCACGGGCGUUCAUCUGACCGUCACCGCCGACACCGACACCGUCGGCGACAUCGCUCUCCCACACCAAAUAACCCCCAUGAACCAGAGCCUCUAGAUCCCGACGCAGCAUUUCGUGAAUCUCUAUUCGAUGCCAUGGCCGACGAUGAGGGCGCUGCGUACUGGGAAAGUGUAUAUGGCCAACCCGUGCACGUCUACCCCAACGAGCGCGUAGGGCCUACAGGUCAUCUAGAGCAAAUGACAGAUGAAGAGUACGCUUCCUAUGUACGCCAGAAGAUGUGGGAAAAGACAAAUGCUGGCCUGCUCGAGGAGCGUGCUCGCCGUGAAGAGGCGAAGAAGCGCAAAGCCAACGAGGAUCGUCGCGCACAGAAACUCCAAGAGGACAUGGAAUAUAGUAUCCGCCGUGGAGAGGAGCGCAGAGAACGUCGACGUUGGGAACAACGAUGGGAAGACUACACGAAAGCUUGGACAAACUGGGAUGGCAGACCUACGGAAAUUGCAUGGCCGGUUGAGGGCGGUCGUAUAGAAGACGUGGAUGAGCCAAAUGUGCGCAAGUUCUUGGUCAAUGGACUGAACCCUCAAGAGAUAGGAGAAAAGUCUUUUGUGGCUAAGCUCAGAGAUGAGCGUGUGCGAUGGCAUCCAGAUAAGAUCCAGCAAAAGCUGGGUGGACAGGUGGAUGAAGAGACCAUGAAGGGUGUGACGGCUGUCUUUCAGAUCAUCGAUAAGCUAUGGACAGAGAGUCGGCCUAAAACAUGACAAUAAUCAUAAUAUAGGAUACAAUACACGGUUAUGCUACAGCCAGUAGAUUUGAUGGUGAUGCUUCUCCUGGGUCAGAGUUGCAUUACCUGGCAAGCUUGUGUGAGAUAAACAAUCAAAUGCAGAUUAUGCUGAGCUCAGCUACCU